AUGAUAAGCGCGUUAUUUCUUAUCAGUCAAAAGGGUGAAGUUGUGCUUAAUCGUUUUUAUCGAGACGAUGUGAGUCGACGUGCAGCAGACAAUUUUCGUCUUCAGGUGAUUGCGGCCAAAGAGACGGGCACAUUACCUCCGGUCAAAAUAAUUGACGGAUGCUCAUUUCUAUACACCCGCCACGAAAAUCUGUACUUGGUGGCAGUCUCACGUGCUAAUAUAAAUGCCGCAUUGGUGUUUCAAUUCCUUUACCAAUUGAAUCUAAUCUUCAAGGAAUAUUUUGGCAAAAAGUAUAGCGAAGACACUCUUCGAGACAACUUCACACUUGUGUACGAGCUGCUAGAUGAGACAAUGGACCAUGGAUACCCGCAGAAUUGCUCUAGUGAUGUUUUGAAGCUUUUUAUCAAUCUGGGCUCUUCUCUUUCUACACCUGAGAAUCCUGGAGGCGCUCCACCUUCGCAAUUGACAUCUCAGAUUACAGGUGCCAUUGAUUGGCGUCGCGAAGGAAUACGCUACAAAAGAAAUGAGGUUUAUCUGGACGUCUUUGAAAGCGUGAACUUGUUGAUGUCCUCAAAUGGCACAGUACUACGCAAUGAAGUGGCCGGACAGGUUGUAAUGAAGACUCUUCUUACGGGCAUGCCUGAGUGUAAACUUGGACUUAAUGACAAACUCACAAUGCAGAAGGGUGAUACUCCAGCAGCAAAGGUGGCAGGCCAGAAACGUGGCACUCGCGAGGUUGAAAUCGACGAUUGCACUUUUCAUCGUUGCGUGCGUCUUGGCAAGUUCGAUGCUGAUCGUACCAUCACAUUCAUUCCUCCGGAUGGAGAGUUUGAGUUGAUGAAGUAUCGAGUUACUGAGAAUAUCAAUCUUCCUUUUAAGAUCAUGCCAGCCUAUCAAGAGCAAGGAACCACACGUCUAUCUAUUACGCUCAAAUUGGCCUCACUAUUUAGUCCACGUCUGUUUGCUACCAAUGUCGUCAUCAAAAUUCCGACACCACCAAAUACUGCUCGAGCUCGGAUCAAUGUUCCUAUUGGUAGGGCAAAACACGAACCUGAAAAUCAUGCGAUCGUGUGGCGUAUUCGUAAAUUUCAAGGCAAACUGGAGCGGAUGCUGGAUGCUGAAAUUGAAAUGUUAAAGGGUACAAAAGAAAAGCUCUGGUCACGUCCGCCACUUCAGAUUGAAUUUCAAGUGCCAAUGUUCACUUCGUCGGGACUGCACGUCCGUUUUCUUAAGGUAUUUGAGAAAAGUUCAUAUCCGACGACUAAAUGGGUUCGCUACGUUACUCGUGCAGGUCAAUAUCAACUUCGUCUCUAG